GAGGUAGGUGAUCAUCCAGGUACAUAAGGACCGCUCGAGAAGCCGUUUCUUCAAUCCCUCUCACUUGUCAAUCAUCGUUCUUCCCAGUCCAGUGUUGAGCAAUGGAUAUCGACGACAAGAAAGCCACUGGCGACACCGUCGUCCACACCUCUUCCGCGCCGCCUUCGGAUGAGAUUGGAUACGUACAGGAUGUCGCUUUGCAGAAGGUCAAGAAGAUCUCCGGCACCAUUACUGUCAUCGUCUCCGGCCUAGCGCUCUUCAGCGAUGGAUACAAUGCCCAGGUCAUUGGCUACAUGGAGCCGCUCUUCAAGAAAUUGUACAAGGAAGGCUUCACCAGCGAGAUCGGAACCCGACUGUCGAAUAGCUACUUGAUCGGAGAGAUCUUUGGCAUGUUGUUCUUCGGCUUCCUCAUUGACAAGAUUGGCCGACGUACUGGUGUUAUUUUCGCGACUGCCUUCCUUGUGCUGGGAAUUGUUAUUGCAACUGCUUCGUCGGGUUAUUCUGAGCUCGGCUUGUUCUGGAUGAUGAUUGUCGGUCGUGGCAUUGCCGGCUUCGGUGCUGGUGGAGAAUACCCCACAAGCGGCACCGGUUCGGCAGAAGCCAGUGAUGAGAACCUCAAGGUACGCAAACGCCGCGGCAUUCUCGUUGCCAUCGCCACCGACUUCUCGAUCGACUCUGGCUUCGUCAUCGCCGGCGUCGUGGUCCUCAUCGUGCUCGCCGCCUACAACGACCACACCUCGGUGGGCGUUUGGCGCAUCUGCUUCGGACUCGGCCUUGUUCUCCCCGUCACGCUCUUCUUCUUCCGGAUGCGCAUGAUUGACUCUACUCAAUACCGCAAGCAUGCCAUGAAGAGGAAGAUCCCCUACGGGCUGGUGAUCAGACGCUACUGGAAGCCAAUGCUCGGCUGCUCCCUUGCGUGGUUCAUGUAUGACUUUGUGACCUACCCCUUCGGCAUCUUCUCCUCCACGAUCAUCAGCAAAUUGAACCCCGAGGGAUCGUUGAUCCAGAACAUUGGACUGGGCACGGCGGUGAACUGCUUCUACCUGCCCGGCUGCAUCGUCGGCGGGUUCCUCAUGGACAAGAUUGGGCGCAAACAGACCAUGACCUUGGGAUUUGCCUGCUGGGCGAUCCUUGGCUUCAUCAUCGGAGGCGCGCUCAAGCCCAUCCUCACCGUGUUCCCCCUGUUCAUCGUGCUCUACGGAUUCUUCAAUUCAUUCGGCGAAAUGGGUCCCGGUGUCGCCACCUUCCUCUGCGGUGCCGAGUCCUUCCCCACCCCCGUUCGAGGCCACUUCCUCGGCCUAGCAGCAGCAGUCGGCAAAGCGGGCGCAGCAAUCGGCACGCAAGUCUUCGCGCCCAUCCAAAACUCCUUCAGUAACGACUUCGAAGGCAUCCAAGCCGUCUUCCUCAUCGGCGCCGCCUUCGCCGCCGUCGGCGGCAUCAUCGCCUGGACGCUGAUUCCCAACCGCGACCGCGAGCUCGAGAGCGAGGACGUCAAGUUCCGCGCGUACUUGGAGGCGAAUGGGUUCAGUGGCGACUUUGGCGAGUCGUUGGAGCAGAAUAUCAAGCAUAGUGCUUUUAAGCUUGAGGAGUAGAUAUCCUGGGGAUGUGGACUCCACUGCACGGAUCGUUUUGAUGAGAGUUUUUGAUU